AUUAGUAUUAGCGUUUUUUAAUUACUAGACAUUUCCGCGUAGGGUCUUUUAUUUUGACACUAGACUGUCAUGAAUUCACGUGACGACGACUUUCAGACUGAAACAUGGCUUUUCUUACAGAGGAUCAGUUCACUGCUUUGCAGCUGCUUUUAAAGGCUCCGUCUAAAGAUGCAGUUCGGCAGAUCUGCACAGAGAGUUACCCAGCCGGAGCCUUCAAGUGUCAAUCUAUAGUAGAAAAAACUGCUAAUGCUCUUUCUGUGUCUAGUAGUGAAGCGAUGCAGUUGCUGACAGCUUUUCACAUGCUCUGGCAUCAUGUUGUGUACCAGAAUUUAACCUCUCCAGAACAGAUCCUGUCAAUUUUCCCAGAAUCAUUCCACUCAAACCUGAAGAAUCUGAUCACCAAAAUUCUUUUGGAAAACAGUGUCACAUGGAGAAAUGAAGCUUUGUCCAGUCAAAUUUCACUGCCGAAGCUGGUGGAUUUGGAGUGGCGAGUGGACAUGAAAACGGCUUCAGACUCCUUGAGUCGUAUGGCUGUGCCAACUUGUCUGUUGCAAAUGAAACUCCAGGACACUCCUUGCAUUAGCGGCGGUCCAAGUGAGUCCACAGUUACAAUGGAGCUGAGUAAAGAGACACUGGACACCAUGAUAGACGGUUUGGGUCGCAUCAGGGACCAGCUGAGUGCAGUGACAAGGAAGUAGAUCUGAAUAAAAGAUGUUGCCCCGACACCUGUCUGUGGACAUUCAAACUGAUGGACACUGGAAGGAUGUCCAAAAUGAAAAACAAAACAAUGGACGUUAAAUGAAAAAGAGUUGUAUACUAGGUUAACCGAUUCAGUAUGUAAAAUGGAGUUUGCUCUUUUUUUUGAUUUGUGGUUUGUUUUCUGUUUAUUAAACUUUAUUUAAAAAUUG